AUGCUAUCCAGGUUGGCCUUCGCGCAGGCCACGCGCCUUGGUAGCAGAACGAUCUCGGCGGCACCACUGAACAGGAACCUGCCCGUUUCCGCAGCCUCUUACACCCAGUCUUGGACCCGGUCCUUUGCUCAGAAGCAGACGCCUGCGCCGAAAUCUGAUUCGACGCCCAAGGAAUCACCCGACACUCCCGCGCCCGAGAACGAAGCGGCAGCUGAGUCCGCCAAGGCCAAGGAUGCCAAAGAAACCGACCAAAUACCCUUUGACAAACUGCCUGAUCUGACUCAGGGUAUUCCGUCGACACUCUUUGAUGAGCUGGAGCAGGCCAAGGGCAAAGAUGUCAAAUCGGAUGCUGCACUCGAAACGGUGCCUCAAUACGAGCGACGCGGUGGUGGUGGUGGCGGCGAUUCAGAAUAUGUCUCGACGAGCGAGCGCAACCGUCGCUGGUGGACGCGCAUGCUCUUGAUCGGCGUGGGUUCGGGCUCACUGUUCGGUCUCGGAUAUCUCGGCCGCAACUGGGACGAUGAGGCUGAGGCUGCACGCCAUCCCGAGAUUCCCAACGGAGUCUCGCCGGUCCUGUGGUGGCAGCGACUGAGGGCCCGAAUGGGCGAGUCAGUCUCAUACUAUCAGAACCCGUCCUUUGACAAGCUGCUACCCGACCCUCAUCCCAGUUUCGAGCGCCCCUACACUCUGGUGAUCAGCCUGGAGGAUCUGCUCGUGCACAGCGAGUGGUCGCGCCAGCAUGGCUGGAGAUUGGCCAAGCGACCAGGCGCCGACUACUUCAUCCGCUACCUCGGUCAAUACUACGAACUGGUCGUUUGGUCAUCAACUUCGUUCGGCAUGGCCGAGGGCAUUGUCCGCAAACUUGACCCCUUCCGUCUCAUCAUGUGGCCCCUCUUCCGCGAGGCUACCAAGUUCGAAGACGGCGAAAUUGUCAAGGACCUUUCCUAUCUGAACCGUGACCCGUCCAAGGUCAUUGUCCUUGACACCAAGGCUAGCCACGUGCGCAAGCAGCCCGAAAACUCCAUCAUCCUGGAUCCUUGGACCGGCGAGAAGGACGACAAGGAGCUUGUCAGCCUGAUCCCCUUCCUCGAGUACAUUCAUACCAUGCAGUACGAUGACGUGCGCAAGGUGCUCAAGUCGUUUGAGGGCAAGCACAUCCCGACCGAGUUCGCCCGCCGCGAAGCGAUCGCUCGCAAGGAAUUCAACGCUCGUCUGGCUGCCGAGAAGGGCAAGCACAAGAAGCCCUCCGGCAUGGGCGCCCUGGGCAGCAUGCUCGGUCUCGGGCCCAGCAACAUGAGCAUGACCAUGCAGCCCGAGGGUGAGCAGAACCCGACUGAGGCGUUUGCGCAGGGUAAGAUGCUGCAGGACAUUGCCCGUGAACGAGGCCAACGCAACUACGAGCUUCUGGAGAAGGAGAUUCGCGAGAAUGGGCAAAAGUGGCUCGACGAGGAGAAGGCCAUGACCGAGAAGAUGCAGAAGGAGGCCAUGGAAAACAUGUACGGCUCCCUCGGCGGCUGGUUCGCGCCCAAGAAGGAAGAGGAGAAGAAGGAGUGA